CGCCCUGUUUCACAGCUUUUACUGAGACUGAACUCUUGCAUAUGAAUCAGUACAAGAGACAGAGGGAAAGAGAGAGAAGAAGGAAUCUCAAGGCUAUGGGAUUGUGAGGCGUUUUGUGGCCGUAGGUUUGUCAGUGAUCUCUCUCGCAUUCAUUCACAAGAUAACGCUCUUCAUUUCCAUUUCCAUUUCCAUUUUGCUCCCACUUUUCUCGCUCAAUCUCUCUCUGCUCCGAUUCUCUGACUCUCCCGCCACGAUCAGUCCUCCAUUUCCAACGCCAUUGAAGACCUUUCACUGUUACCUUCAGAAUCACAGACGACUGAAUUGAAGAUAUCAUUUAAGUCCUGAUUUUCAAGCGCUGAUUCGUCGGCAAGAGUGUGAUUCUAAGCACUGCCUUCGAGUUCUUUCCAUCGCAUGCGAGAGAUUGUGUAUCGGUGAAAUCAUUACUCAUUUGUGUGAGAAUUUGAGAGAUUCCUCUGUUUCAGCCAUGUCUGUAUUCCACUCGUUCUUGAUUUCCAUUUUCUUUCUGGUUUUUUCUUCCCCUUCUGCUAUUUCUGAGUCGUCCGAGCUUUCCAUUUUAAUGGCGAUUAAAGCUUCUUUAGACCCGCAGAACACUUUGUUGACGUCAUGGAGUCCGUCUUCAAAUCCAUGUGGUGGUUAUUUCGAAGGAGUUGCUUGUAACGAGCAAGGAAAAGUGGUGAAUAUUUCUCUGCAGGGGAUGGGGCUUUCCGGCUACAUUCCGGCAGCCGUCGCUGGACUUAAGAGUUUGACGGGGCUGUACUUGCAUUUCAAUGCUCUAAUCGGCGAAAUUCCUAAGGAAAUUGCGAGUUUGACUGAACUGACUGAUUUGUAUCUCAAUGUGAAUCAACUCUCCGGGGAGAUUCCUUUUGAGAUCGGGAAUAUGGUAAAUCUUCAAGUGCUGCAGCUUUGUUACAACAAAUUAACUGGUGGGAUACCGUCACAAGUGGGAAAUAUGAAGGUGCUCAAUGUUCUUGCUGUGCAGUAUAAUCAGCUAACAGGAGCAAUUCCUGCUAGUUUGGGGAACUUGACUGCGUUAACACGGUUGGACUUGAGUAACAACAAGUUUUUCGGUCCAAUUCCGGUGAUAUUAGCUGAUGCUCCUGCUCUUGAAGUUCUUAAUGUUCAAAACAACUCGCUAACCGGUAACGUUCCUCCAGGUUUUAGGAGAUUGAAGGAAAAGUUUGUGUACGAUAACAACCCGAGUCUUUGUGGAGUGGGAUUUCGGGACCUGAAUCCUUGUAGUAAGUUGAAAAGUUUGAAUCCGAGCCGACCCGAACCAUUUCUACCCCAACUACCUACUAAUCUCUCUGCAAGAGAUAUUCCCGAGUCAGCUAAUUUACGCCACGAUUGCAAUGGAAGUAACUGUUUGAGACAGUCGAAAUCUUCACGAGUCGGAGUGGCUCUCGGAGUGAUUGGAGUUUUUGCUGCUUUCUCGGCCAUUGGUCUUGCAACGUUUUCAUGGUAUCGUCGUAAUGAACAUAAAUUCGGAAGUAGUUCAAAUGGUAUAAGUAGACGAAUGAUUACUAGCCAAGUCAGGGAAGUUUACAGGAGGAAUGCUUCUCCUCUCAUCAAUCUCGAGUAUUCAAAUGGAUGGGAUCCGCUAGCCAAAGAUCACGGUGGGAGUGCAUCGUCACGAGAGGUAUUCAAGAGCUUCAUGUUUAAUCUCGAAGAUGUCGAGCGAGCAACACAAUGCUUCUCAAAGGCUAACUUGUUGGGGAGGAACAACUUUUCUGCUCUUUACAAGGGAAAGUUGAGAGAUGGAUCAGUUGUUGCUAUCAAGUGCAUUGGCAAGACAAGCUGCAAAUCUGAUGAAGCUGAAUUCUUGAAGGGCUUGAAGAUACUUAUCUCGAUGAACCAUGAAAAUCUCGUUAAGUUCAGAGGCUUAUGCUGUUCGAAAGACCGAGGAGAGUGCUAUCUGAUCUACGAUUUCGUCACGAAUGGAACUUUGAUGCAAUAUCUUGAUGACAACAAUGGCAGCGGGAAGAUUCUCGAUUGGUCCACCCGAGUGUCGAUCAUUUGUGGAAUCGCUAAAGGUAUAGGAUAUUUGCACAGAAAGAUUGGAAAGAAACCAGCAUUGAUUCACCAGAACAUAUCAGCUGAUAAAGUGCUCAUUGAUGCAAAUUACAACCCCUUGCUAUCAGAUUCUGGCCUGCACAAACUUCUUGCAGAUGACAUAAUUUUCUCUAUGCUAAAAGUCAGUGCUGCAUUGGGAUACCUCCCUCCCGAGUACACGACGACAGGUCGAUUCACGGAGAAGAGCGACGUCUAUGCAUUUGGAAUGAUCGUACUUCAAAUCAUAUCCGGGAAAACAAGCAUCGUGAAGUUGAACUACAACACUAUCGAGUCACGUCGGUUUGAGGACUUCAUUGACUCUAAGCUUGAAGGAAGAUUCUUAGAAUCAGAAGCAGAUAAACUGGGGAAAAUUGCAGUGAUCUGCACCCACGAAUAUCCCGAGCUUCGCCCGACAAUGGAUGUCAUCGUCCAAGAACUCGACGAAAUGGGAACGUUUGGGAUUUCUGUAGAGUCAAUGCCUUGAAGCUUUGAGAUGAAGCCAUAUAGAAGUUAAGCAGAGCACUGACUACUAAUAUAUGCUGUAAAUGAAGGUCUAUUAUAAGUAUUUUUCGUGCUACUGUACUGUUUAAUGCAGAAAGGUACAAAAAAAAUGGCAUGUCUUUGUAAAAACCAGAUUGCUUUGUUGAAGAAUAAUGUAAAUUAGAGCAAAUUACUGUCA